AUGGCCCAGGAUACAGACUCUCACCAGACUGUGCCGGCUCAUGCCUCACGCCUGCCAUGUGAAGGCAAGGCCGGGCUUCUUAAGAUGCCCCAGGAGCUGCUUCGCAUGGUCGCCGCUGAUCCGCUUCUCACCAACCGCGACCGCAAACAAGCCCGCCUGGCCUGCCGAGUCCUGGACGGUGCCAUGACGCCUGUCGUCUUCAGGCGUGCCUUCAUCUCCCGACUGCGGGCCGACCGCGAUGCAUUCCUGAGCGUCGCUGCUUCGCCUCACCUUGCAGCUUGUGUUGAGGAGGUGGUCUGGGUCGAGCUGGGGUGUGACGGGCUAGCACUGGAAAACCUGCCGAGCGAUCUAGAGGGAUCUGAAGACCUCCGAGAGCAUCUCCUUGAGACUGCUAGUGACCUUUGCUGGCUUCCCAAGUCAGGAAAGCCCGAAGCUAAGGAGUUCUCCGCGCAGUUCAACGCUGCCAUUGCUUGCAUGCCCAAAGUCCGCGGUUUCUCGUCCGAGCCAAUGCGGUCGGAUCGCCUAUUCUGCUCGCAUCCCGACAAAUACCUGGUUGACGUUGGGUUGCUAACGACCCACGGCCCGCGCGACAGGUGGGCAUGGACUCAGGGACUUGUGAGAUUCCUCCUGCCUACCAUGAGGAAACAGCCAGGCAAAAUCACACGGCUGCGCUGUUCUGCCGGACUGUUUAACGCUCAGUUUGGUCACAGUCUGUUCAAGAGCCACGUCCCUCCGCUAUUCAAACAUCUCACAUCUAUCAACUUCUCAUAUUCGUGGGAAGAAUGGCGUAACUGGGUGCACUGGCGCUAUGCCAUUGGUGACGGACGUGGCUUCCUGCGGUCUUUACAACGCGCGCUGUUCGCCGCGUCAGACCUCCAAGAACUCAGCAUUGCCUUCGACUGCGGGCUCGAGGGCUACGGCCCCGCCUUCCGUCUGCCUGAUUGGAUGUUCAGGGAUGAGGACGGGCAACCCCACAAGUGGAAGCGUCUGCGGUCUUUGCGACUCGCAUACCUCAUGAGGACCGAGGCUUGGUUGGCACCGCUGAUUGCAGCACACGCAGACACCCUGCGCCAUCUUGAUCUCGACCACUGCAACCUCCAUACGUCCUUUGCGCUACACGUAGCCUACACGGGAUUCAAAGGGAAACUGCUUCAGCUGCACUCGAUCACCAUAAAUGAGCCCGGCGUCCAUGAAUCAGCGUUGAUAUCCGAGCAAAAGCUGCUGGACUUGCCCUUGGACGCGGGAGAAGCUGGAGAAGGCCAGGCCCCCGAUCUUGAAGAUAAUGCAGGCGACGAAGAAGACUUGAUGUCCGAAGACAGCGACUACAGCCCUCAGUUCGAGUUCACAGCAGAGGCUGAAGAAGACUACAAGUCCGAUGAAGAGUCGCCGCCGUUGUUCCGCCACAUGAAGUGGGACAAGUGGGGAGAAGCUGAACAAAUCGCAAAGGGCCGUUUCGUAACGCAUAGUAGUCGCUGCGAAGACGUCGGCGACAGCGGGUGUGAUGACGCCGGCAACGACCAGGCGUCAGAUCACAGUUCCGAGUGGUGGUCUGAUACCGAUUCUAAGCUUUGA